AUGACAAAGCAGAACUGGGACACUCGCCUACAGUUUUCCGCCGGCCUCUACGUUCCACUUGCCACGCACAGGAAUCCAAGAGCAAGAGGCAUCGUGAAGGCAAAUCCUGGCCAAGGACGGUCGGCCGCCCCCGGAAACAUUACAAACCACUGGCACCCGGAAGCCCCGGCCCCAAGCAUCUAUCUGGCCGGCGUUGACACAUCGGCGACCAAGAGCCUCUGCGGCACGCACUUACGUACUUCAGACACAUCCAUCUCCUUGAAUACUCCCAAUACGUCUCGCCGAUACGCUGUGCCGCAAGGCAGCGGCGAGCCGUAUCGGGCAGGCCAGUCUUCUAUCGGCGACUUCAUCUGCCGGGUGAGUAAUUCGGGCAGGAACUUGGCCUUGAGAGGUCAGGCCGAGAGGAAGUUCCCGGGAGAAGGGCCAGCUCGUAGAGAUUUGGAGCACGCCACUGCCUUCGGCGUCCUAAAAUCUGGUAUCUGGCAUCUGGCAUCUCGCCCCCCUCACACACCUGCGAGAGACCUUCAAAACGCCCGCCCACAUUACAAGAAAUCCCAACGGCUUCUCGUACCAGGCAGGCAGGAAGCGGUGGCCGAAGGAGGCACCAGCUUGGGGUCACCGUCGGGGUCUUACGCCGCAGUAUUGCCUGGCAGCCAAGCAACCUCGUAG